GCUGCGAUCGGCGCUGCGCGCACCGAGCAGGGCGCACGAAGGAGGAAGCGGCGAAGCGCCACCAAAGACGCGCGACUUUGGUGCGUUUGGGGAACAAAAAGCGAGCGGGCGGGAAAGCGCGCACCCGCCUCCCUCCUGUGAGAGCCGUGCCUUUAAAUGCUGGGGGCUGAGCGCUCGCCGGGGACUCCAGCGCCCGCCUCGCUCUCUCCAGCCACCCGCUCCGGCUCCCGCUUGUUGCUCAGGCCGGCUGGCGAGGCGGGCGCGCGGCGCACAGCCGGAGCGCACAGCGCGGUGACCAUGAGCCACCUGCGGCCGGCCUGAGCUGGAGGGGGGAAGCCACAACUCUCUGUUGGCUGUUGCUCCCCCCAAGGGGGGGGGGUGACACGAAUAAAAUCCCUCCAGCCUUCAGGGACAAGGCGGACUAACCGGCUUCCCAGGAACCUCGCAGCAGCGCCGUCGCUUGCAGGCAUGGGGAACCAAGUCGAGAAGCUGACGCACUUAAACUACAAGGAGGUUCCCACCACAGACCCGACGGGCAUGGACAGGGACGAGGGCCCCCGGAUUGGGGUCUCCUACAUAUUUUCUAACGACGACGAUGACGUGGAGCCUCAGCAUGACUCUGUGGCGCCCGAGCUCGGCGGAGAGCGCCCCGCGCCUCAGCCGUACGACCCCCGGCUUCACGAAGUGGAAUGUUCCAUCUAUUACCGCGAUGAGUGCAUAUACCAGAAAAGCUUCUCUGGGGAUGCGACGAUGCCCGACGGGGUGGAGGGAGGAGGAGGGGGCCAACUGGCCACCUACACCCCAGAAAACCUUUUGAACCGGUGCAAGCCUGGGGACGUGGUGGAGUUUGUCUGCCAGGCCCAGUACCCUCACUGGGCGGUCUACGUUGGGGAUUUCCAAGUCGUGCACCUGCACCGAUUGGAGGUAGUGAACAGCUUUCUGACCGACGCCAGCCAGGGCCGGCGGGGGCGCAUUGCCAACCAGCUGUACCACUACAAGCCUCUGAGCCCGGCCACGGUGGUGCGGAACGCUCUUGACCAGGUGGGCUGCAAAGACCGGGACCUCAGCUGGAGGAACUCGGAGUGCUUUGCCGCCUGGUGCCGCUACGGCAAGCGCGAGUUCAAAAUCGGCGGCGAGCUGCGGAUAGGCAAGCAACCCUACCGCUUGCAGAUCCAGCUGGGCGAGAAGCGCAGCCACACGCUGGAAUUCCAGAGCCUGGAGGACCUCAUCAUGGAGAAGCGGAGGAACGACCAGAUCGGGAGGGUGGCUGUCCUCCAAGAACUGUCCAGCCACCUGCAGCCGGCCGAAGACGGCGACGGCAAGGGUCCCGGGGCCCAGACGGCCAACGAGUAAGCGGUUGGCUUGCACCGCUGGGCCCAGCCUGGGUGACUCGAUUCAAACCGAAGGCGGAGAAACUGAGCUGUUAUAAGCCCCUUGGGGCUGCUUCAGGGCGGCUUCACUCCAAUCACAUGUGAAGGGAAGUGAGGGGGGGGGAGAGCUGAUUAAGUGUCUGUGCUUUAGCACUUAACUCCUUCCGCGCUUGGUAGAACCAGCAAAUUUAUUUUUUUAUUUUGUUUGAUAUUUUUUUUUGGUCAAGGGUUAAAACUCAGGGAGAUCUUCCUUCCUCUCUGUUCUGGCAUGGUUUUCUCUCCCCCCAGCCGGCUCCAAGUCUUCUUCCUCGUGCUUUUAGCUCCUGCAGCUUCAAAUUGGGUGAAGUCCAGUGGCUCUCGGCUACAUGAUUAAAAUGCGGAGCCUGGAAAGUUCCCCUCUGCUGUCUGUUUCCCCCUCCUUUACCUCCUAGUUUGCAUUGGUAUUUCUGGAAUCUUAUUUCAGUCCUGGCCUCCCCAACCUCCCCUGCCCCCAUCCCUCCAAGGAUCUAAUGGCUAAAUCACUGUUAACGCUGUGGAAUGGGGUUGUUGGCCUGUUUGCAUCGGCUCCUUAAUAAAGAGAAGCCAGCCUUUGGAAGGCUGUGGGGUGGAGGCUCCUGAGUCCCCUCUGUGCGAUCUCUGAAAGGAGCCCCUGUUAUUAGACUCCUUCUCCCAUCAUCCCUGCCCAUUGGCCAUGUUGGCUGGGGGAUGAUGGGAGUUGGAGUCCUGCAACACCUAGAGGUGCUACUGGUUCCGCAUCCCUGGUGUAGGAGGACGGUUGCAACUUCUUUUCAUUUUUAACCGAGGAACCUAAAAUAUGUUGGCAGAAAGUGGCUGAAAGCAAUAGGCUGUUGUUUCCUGGUAGCAGGACAGAUUUCCUUCGGGUGCUACUGAAAUGGUUGGCAAAGCUUUCCCUUGAAUUCUGUUGAGCCAUAUGACCCACUUUCAAUAUAUCUCACGGGCUAGUUGUUGGGGGUUUUUUUGGUG